AUGCAAAUAUUUGUCAAGACCCUCACCGGUAAGACAAUUACCCUUGAGGUGGAGUCUUCUGACACCAUUGACAAUGUCAAGGCCAAGAUCCAAGAUAAGGAAGGAAUUCCCCCAGACCAGCAGCGUCUUAUCUUUGCAGGCAAACAGCUCGAGGACGGUCGCACUCUUUCUGACUACAACAUCCAGAAGGAGUCUACUCUUCAUCUUGUUCUCCGUCUGCGCGGUGGUGGUAAGAAGCGUAAGAAGAAGACUUAUACUACUCCCAAGAAGAUCAAGCACAAGCGCACUAAGGUCAAGCUUGCGAUCCUCAAGUACUACAAGGUUGAAGAUGAUGGCAAGGUGACUCGUCUCAGAAGAGAGUGCCCCAACGAAACCUGUGGUGCUGGUAUUUUCAUGGCCAAUCACUACGAUCGUCAAAACUGUGGUCGUUGCGGCCUUACCUACAAGUUCUCACCCAAGGACAUCAAGGCUAAGCCUGCUCCCAAGGCUGCUGCUGCUUCUGCUACCCCUGCAGAAACUGGCAAGGCAGGAAAGAAGGGAAAGAAAUAA